AUCCAACCCUACAAAUAGCCAAUGCAACCCGAAAAGCCCUUUUCUUCUUCUCCAUUCUCCCCCUCGUUUUCACACUCAGCCUCUCUCUUCCUCUCGACCCUGAAAGAUUAGUGGCUUGGAUAUGGGGAUCAAUGAGGUUUUCAGCUCCUUGAAGGAGAUUUUCCCUCAGGUUGAUUUUCGCGCUCUGAGAGCUGUUGCUAUAGAAAAUGCCAAUGAUCUUGACGCAGCUGUGAAUGUUGUCCUGAAUGAGGUUCUCCCUAUCUGGAACAGUCGUCCUGCUAAGGUUCAGAGUCCAACAACUGAAGUUAUACCCGAGGAGCACCAGCGGGUAGGUAAGGAAGUAAAGGCCCAGCCUCUUCCAGCAGCAGAAUUCAGCGAUGAUGAAGAUGCCAACAUUACUGGUCAAAGAGUGUUUUUGCAUGAGAAAUCUCCCCUGCUAGAACACACAAAUACAUUGAAGAGUUCUCCAGCAGCAGGAUCCACUGAUGUCGAAAAUGCCAGCAAUACUGAUCAGACAGUAUUUACAAGUGCUGCCUUCCAUGAGGUUUCUGCAAUGGUAGAUGACACAGAUUCAUUGCAGAAUGUUCUUGCCUCCUUAGAUGUAGAUCAAGAAACUGGGCGUCAGGAACAAGAAUAUGUGAACACUGGAUGUAAAGAAAUUGAAACUCAUAAUGUUGAUGUUAGGCUUCAGCAGUUUUCAUCUGGAAUGACAGCCAAUUCAGAUCAUGAAAAAGAGGGAAUUGUUGACUGUUCUAUCAAUAUGCCUUAUGAGUGGAAAGAUUUCAGUUUCUCACAAACUGAUGAUCUAGUUGACUCUCUGUUCGUGGGUGAAAGUUCGAUUGUUCAGCUGGAUCCUCAUUCCCCAGAACAUGUAUUAGAAACCGUCCAAUCCAAGGAAGAUGAUUGUUUCUAUGAUUUGGCUGAUGAUGUCAAGGAGUCCACUACAAAUAGCAUAUGGAAUAUUGAUGUUCUUGAGGAGAGCAUUGAAGAUGCUAAACAUAACAAGAAAACUUUGUUUUCAGCCAUGGAGUCUGUUAUGGCCUUGAUGAGAGAAGUGGAACUCGAAGAGAAAGCUGUGGAUCGUGUCACAGAGGAAGCUGCAAGAGGAGGUCAGGACAUUAUGGUGAAGGUGGAGGAAUUAAAACAGAUGUUGGCUCAUGCAAAGGAUGCAAAUGACAUGCAUGCUGGUGAAGUUUAUGGGGAAAAGGCAAUUCUAGCAACUGAAGUUAGAGAGCUUCAAUGUCGAUUGCUCGGUCUGUCAGAUGAAAGGGAUAAGUCACUUGCAAUCCUUGACGAGAUGCGUGAAACACUUGAAGCCCGACUAGCUGGAGCAGCAGAGUCGAGGAAGAUGGCUGAAAAUGAAAAGCUAGAAAAGGAAGAAUCUGCCCGGAAAGCACUUGCUGAACAAGAGGCGAUCAUGGAGAAAGUAGUUGAGGAGUCAAAGGCAUUGCAACAGGCGGCAGAGGAAAAUUCCAAGUUACGGGAGUUUCUGAUGGACCGUGGUCACAUUGUAGAUAUGCUACAAGGAGAAAUCUCUGUAAUUUGUCAGGAUGUCAAGUUGCUGAAAGAGAAAUUUGAUGAGCGUCUUCCUCUAAGCCAGUCGGUUUCAUCUAGCCAGACAAGUUGCAUCUUAGCUUCUUCAAGCUCAUCCUUGAAAAGCGUGGCUUCUGGCUUGCUUCUAGAACGAGUUGUGUCAGUUGGGUCAUCCGAGUCACCAAAGACCCCAGAGAGGGCGAGUUCUGUUGCUUCAGUUGACGGCCUUUCACCAAAAUGCAGACUAGAAAAUGGAACAGUCGAGGUCAAUAAACAAGCUCUUAUGGACGACGGAUGGGAGGUUUUUGACGAAGAUCUGUCGGAGCAUUAAACUCAUGCGUAAUAAUAAUAUUGUGAAUAUGGCGGCUAGUUAUGAUGAUCUUCACCCAGAUGCUUAUUUUGUCAUUGGUUUUUAGUAGGGUUAUUUUGUCGCUAGAGAGCUUAUUACUACUCCCCCUAUAGAGUUGGCGAGCUUUUUAAGUGAAUUUAUUUUGUACAGUUUUGAACGCAAUAAUUUAAACCUGGAGAUUUUGCAAGUGUUCUAUAUA